AUGGACGAGGAUCUGGUAGCAGAACUAGGCCUCAAGGGCUAUCCAAAUCCUACCAGUUUAAGCUGGACUGGGGAGCUUACCCGCGAGGAGCCCAAAUCUCGCACCUCUUUGAAGAUAUCGGCCGCCGAAAACGCCGAUAAAACGUACUUGAUGCGGAACGUUCACACCGUCGCGGAUCUGGCGCUACGGUGUAAGGCGGGCUCCAAGAAUGCAGUCCGAAGUCAUUCCACCAGUGACGAUGCCUCCACCAAUGCUACCUCAAAGCAUGCCGUGCGGAGUCAUUCCACCAAUGAGGGUACCUCCACCCAUGCAGUCUCCACCAAUGCUGCCUCAAAGCACGUAGUCCGGAGUAAUUCCAACAGUGAGGAUGCCUCCACCGACGGGGCCUUCAAACAUGCACUCUGGAGUCAUUCCGGGAGUCAAACAUCUUCGGUCCAAACAAAUUGGUGUAAGGCGGGAUCCAAGAAUGCACUCCGGAGUCAUUCCAUCAGUGACGAUGCCUCCACCAAUGCUGCCACAAACCAUGCCGUGCGGAGUUAUUCCACCAAUAAGGGUACCUCCACCCAUGCAGUCUCCACCAAUGCUGCCUCAAGGCACGUAGUCCGGAGUAAUUCCAACAGUGAGGAUGCCUCCACCGAAGGUGCCUUCAAACAUGCACUCACAUGGAGUCAUUCCGGGAGUCAAACAUCUUCGGUCCAAACAAACAGGUGUAAGGCGGGAUCCAAGAAUGCAGUCCGGAGUCAUUCCAUCAGUGACGCUGCCUCCACCAAUGCUGCCACAAACCAUGCCGUGCGGAGUUAUUCCACCAAUGAGGGUACCUCCACCCAUGCAGUCUCCACCAAUUCUGCCUCAAAGCACGUAGUCCGGAGUAAUUCCAACAGUGAGGAUGCCUCCACCGAAGGUGCCUUCAAACAUGCACUCACAUGGAGUCAUUCCGGGAGUCAAACAUCUUCGGUCCAAACAAACAGGUGUAAGGCGGGAUCCAAGAAUGCAGUCCGGAGUCAUUCCAUCAGUGACGAUGCCUCCACCAAUGCUGCCACAAACCAUGCCGUGCGGAGUUAUUCCACCAAUGAGGGUACCUCAUUGAAAUGUAUCAAUUACAUUAUGGACCGCCGCAAGUGCAUGAACUACUUAUCCAAGGACCACCCGGCCAAUGCAUGCCCGAGUCAACGGAGGUGCCAGGUGUGUGGCAAGAAGCACACCACGAUGCUACACGUGCAUUCCGCGCCGACGCCGGAGUGA